AAGCAAUCCUUAGUAGUGUGUAUUAUCCUUGGUGUGUAUUAUCCUUUCUUGGUAACAAUACAAAUAUCAUAGCAACCAGCAUCUUAGUAUCUUACCAAUAGCCAACAGAUCAAUUAUUUCGUGUUUCGUUCUCAAAAGUUGUGGAGGAUGUAUUACCAGGGGCUCACUCCGUGCACUCCAAGUGCUCCAUAUGCACCAAGGAUGCAUAUGCAAUACGGCCGUUCCGGUAAAGAAUAGGCUUUUGUCCCAAGCCCGCAAAUUUAAAUAAUAUUGGGUUAUGUUAUGUUAUCAGUGUGGUUGUGGUGAGCAAAUAAUAAUUAUGUAGUUUCGCGUUUGAGUUGAGAAUGUUUAUGAAAUAUAAUGUUUUAUAGUUUGUUAAAAGUAUUGUCCUUUAACAUAACAAUUGUACGCCAAAAAUCUACUGUAUUUGCACUUUCAUCAGGAUCAGGAAAAUGUGGUGUGGCAGUAAUAAGAGUAACGGGUACAGAAGCAGGAGCAGCUAUAAAAAAACUAACAAACUUGCAGGAACUUCCACAACCCCGUACAGCUAUAUUACGAAGCAUCAAACAUCCCAUUUCAAAUGAAGUUUUAGAUAAAGGGCUAGUUUUAUGGUUUCCAGGGCCCAAAAGCUUCACCGGGGAAGAUAGUUGUGAAUUUCACGUUCAUGGAGGAUUGGCAGUUGUCAACCAAGUAUUAGAUGCUCUAGGAAAUCUGCAUAAUUUGAAGGUUGCGGAGCCAGGAGAAUUUACUAGACGAGCUUUUCUGAAUGGAAAAUUAGAUUUAACAGAAGUUGAAGGUUUAGCGGAUUUACUCAAAGCUGAGACAGAAGCUCAAAGAAAACAGGCAUUUUUACAAUCCCAUGGAUCACUCAGUAACCUCUAUGAAAAAUGGAAACAAAAAUUAAAGCAUUCUGUAGCGAAUAUUGAGGCACAUAUUGAUUUUGAAGAAACUGAAACGCUAGAAUAUGGUCUUGUUGAAGGUGUUAGAGAAAAUAUUCAUAUUCUAUGUCAAGAAAUAGAGAGACACCUCAAAGAUGGUCGAAAAGGUGAAUUGCUAAGGAACGGAGUGAGAACUGUCAUUCUCGGGGAACCGAAUGUUGGUAAAAGUAGUUUGUUAAAUGCACUAUGUCAAAGACCAGCUUCUAUUGUUACACCCAUAUCUGGAACUACUAGAGAUGUUAUUGAAGUUACAUUAAAUAUUGGUGGAUAUCCACUUAUUCUUUCUGAUACUGCAGGCUUAAGAAACACUUCUCAAGAUAUCAUAGAACUUGAAGGCAUUUCAAGAGCGAAGGAUAUGUAUAGGAAGGCAGAUUUAGUAAUUUUAGUUAUAGAUUUUCUAAAUUACUUGAACUGGCAUGAUAAAUGUAAUUCCAUUAAUAAUGUUAAAGAAUAUAUUCAGGUAUAUAUUAAAGAAUUAGGCCUAUCAGAUCUGAUACAAACUGAUGAAUGUGAUUUAAAAGAUUGGAAAAACAUGUUCAGUAAAUCUUGUGUUGUAGUUUUAAAUAAAACUGAUUUAGAUACCAAAAAUCUAUGUGGUAAUAUGGAUAAUGAAGUAGUUAAACUGUCUUGCAAAAGCGAAGAUGGUAUACCGGAACUAGUGGAUGUAUUAGCCCAGCACCUAAAAGUAUUAUGUGGUGAUCCAUCUCAUGAAUAUCCAAGCAUGAACCAAGCCAGGCAUAGAGAACAAGUACAAAAAUGCAGAAAUAACUUAUUAUUGUUCCUUCAAGAAGCCAAUAAUAAAGAAACUGGUGAUUUGGUUAUAAUGGCCGAAUAUCUUCGUAAAGCUUUGAGAAAUCUUGGAAGACUUAUAGGUACAGUUACUUCAGAGGAAAUUCUGGAUGUUAUAUUUAGAGAUUUUUGUAUAGGAAAAUAAAAACGAAAUGUUACAGAGACGUUAUAUUGUAUGAAUUAAUGAUGACACCGUUAUUGUUAGUGUUAGAUAUUUGCUAUUUUGUAAUGUAAUGUCAAUUUCUGUUCAAUAAAGCCUAAAUUUGUAGUAUUUAUAAGUACUACAAUUUAUUCAACACAAAUAUUCUAGGAAAUCUAAAAAUUCUGUAGAUUUUGAACAAUAAAAAAGAACCGCCUGAAAGAUCAGUGAAGUAAAAACUGCUGGUAGCUGAGAAAAAAAAAAUGGAAUGAAAGAAAAUAAUGAUAAAUCUAGUGUAGAUAAACCUGCAUUUAGAUAGUAAGCUUUAGUUCACAUUCAUG